AUGGUCAGGGCAAAGAAAAAGCUUCAAACUUAGGUGUAAAGAUUCAAUUUUGAGAAACAAAAUUGAUGAUGCGAACAUCAAAUUUGUCAGAGUGAUUCCCAAAUCAAACUCCAAAAGAAGUUACCAUCAGUUUGAGGCUUUGAGCACAAAUUGUGGUCUCUCCCAGAAAACUUUAAAAAAUAAAAAUUACGAGUACUGAGAGAGAAAAGAAGGUGGGAGUGAGUGAGAAGAGGUUUUCGGCUUUUCGCCCUUUUUUUUGGCGCAGAGCGUGAGGGAGAGUUAGCUUCGGUUUCAUCAUCUUCUUCUUCUGCGUCGUGCGGCCUAACCCUAGAAAGUACCGUUGUAAGCGAGCCCUCUGGGGCGUUCGCAGAUCUGGGUUUGGUCACAGAAUCAGAGGGGAGGGUCAGGGAGAGGGGGGAGGAGUGGAGGAUGAGUGGCAAAGGCGGUGGAGGCGGCGGCUCCGGCAAUGGGAAGGGAAGUAAUGGGUUAGCGGGGGUCCCGGCAGCUUCCAGGAAGAUGGUACAGAGCUUGAAGGAGAUUGUCAGUAAUUUUCCUGAGCAUGAGAUCUACGCGAUGCUUAAAGAGUGUAAUAUGGACCCCAAUGAAGCUGUCAGUCGCCUCCUAUCCCAAGAUCCUUUUCAUGAGGUGAAAAGCAAACGAGAAAAGAAAAAAGAGAAUAAGGACAUACCUGAUUCCAGGUCUCGUGCAACAAAUUACGCAUCUAGUCGUGGUAGUAGGGCUGGCACAGAUCGGCGUGCUGGCACAAGUCAAUUCAAUAGCAGUGGCACUGAUUCUGGUCUCCUGCAGGGGAAACCUGUAUACAAGAAGGAAAAUGGAACAAAUGCCCCUGGAGGUCCUAUGUCUUCUUCUAGCAUUUUGGGGAAUAAUGUGAACUGGCGGAUGCCAUCCCACAGUGAUUCUGUGGCAACUGAAGCAUGUGUGAGUGAUGGACCAUCUUCAUCACAACAUGGGGGAAUGCAAUCCGGAUGGAUGGGGUUCCCAGGUCAAGUAUCAAUGGCUGAUAUUGUUAAGAUGGGUAGGCCACAGGCCAAAAUAUCCGUGCUUAAUUCUUCCAUUAACAGUAAUAGCCAUCACAAUGUUUUGUUACCUCCAUCUGCAUCACAUCAGAGUCAGAGUCUGCACUCAUUGCAUGUGUCAGAGGCAAAUGCUGAUCAAGGCUUUUCUAUUAGCCAUGAUGUUUGUCAGAAUGAGGAAUGGCCUUCUGUUGAGCACCAAUCAGCUUCUAAUGCUUCCUCUAUUGUUGAUGUUCUUCCAAAUUCUGAGUACUAUGGAAUCUCAACGAACUUGGAUGAAGCUAAUCGGCAGCAGAGGUCCCAUCUAGAAGAACGUUUAGUUGAAGAUGCUCCUCUUGAGGCUGCAGACAAUGCUGUACCUGCUUCUAUUUCUGCUAGAAGUAUAUCUGACGAUAAUGCUGGAGGUGCAUCUGUUUUUGAUGAUAACUUGUACAAGGAUAAGAAUCCCUACCAACCUCAAAGGCAUCCUUUUAGUAAUGAUGAAGCAGCAGAAGGUGUUUCCUCAAUGUCCGCACACUUGGAGCAGCUAAGUUUACGGAAAGAUGAUCAGGUGGAAGAUUCAGAGGAGGAAAAUGAUUCUGUUGUGAUUCCAGAUCACCUACAACUCCACAAUCCAGAAUGCUUGAAUUUGAGCUUUGGAAGUUUUGGAUCUGGAACAAAUGCUGCCUUUCCUUCUGGGCCAUACGCAUCUAGGCCUGUGAGAAGCAACUCUGAGGAGACAUCUGCGGCUACUGAUGUGGCAACAAUUGGUCCCUCAGAUUCUAGGCAUUCUGAUUAUUAUGAGGAUGAACAUCUCACUAGUGCCUCUGAUGGAAACUUAGUUCAAAGGACUGAUGUCAGUGCUGGGCCUUAUAAUUCUCCUUCCAUUUCACAGCCAGAGGUGUUAAAACCAGAAUCCCCCCCUGAAGCUGAUCAGGGGAAUCAAUAUUCAUUCCCUUCAUCUUCACAUGGGUUUACUUAUGAUAAUAGCCAACAACAAGAUGUCCCAUAUUCUCACUCACAAACAAACUCACAGAUACAGAACCUUACCCCCUUCUCAAGUGUCAUGCAGGGUUAUACAAAUUCUUUGCCCGGUGCUUUGUUGGGUUCAACUGUUCAAACGGCAAGGGAUGAUAUCCCUUACUUACCUUUCCCAGCAACACAAUCACUGCCUGCAAAAUAUAGCAACAUUGCUUCUUCGAUUGGUGGUUCCACUAUUUCCACGUCUGAGACUUUAAGAGCAAGUAGCAUUUCUACACCUCAACCAAAUUCACAGACUUUGCCAGGUGCCAGCGUUGCUACUGGUCCUUCACUUCCUCAACACUUGGCUGUGCAUCCAUACUCUCAACCAACUCUUCCUUUGGGACAUUUUGCUAAUAUGAUUAGCUAUCCAUUCUUGCCGCAAAGCUAUACCUAUAUGCCAUCGGCUUUUCAACAGGCUUUUCCUGGAAAUGGCACAUACCACCAGUCACUAGCAGCAGCGCUUCCCCAGUAUAAAAGCAGUGUUUCUGUCAGCAGCUUGCCUCAAUCUGCUACAGUUGCAUCUGGAUAUGGUUUUGGGAGUUCAACCAGCAUGCCCGGGGGAAACUUUCCUCUGAAUCCACCUGCUGCCCCUACAGGUACAACCAUUGGCUAUGAAGAUGUUAUAAACUCUCAGUUUAAGGACAACAAUCAUAUGAUUUCCCUACUGCAGAAUGAGAAUUCUCCUAUGUGGGUUCAUGGACCUGCCUCUCGGACGAUGUCUGCAGUUCCAGGCAGCACAUAUUACGGCUUCCAGGGACAAAAUCAACAAUCGAGCGGAUUCCGGCAAAGCCAGCAGCAGCAACAGCCAUCACAGCAUUUCGGACCUCCCGGCUACCCAAACUUAUAUUCUCAGGCAGGCAUUUCUUUGGAACACCACCACCAUCAGCAGCAACAGCAUAAUGCAAGGGAAGCAUCACUUGGUGGUGUUCCUCAAGGCCCUCCUCAAGCUUCCAAGCAAUCUCAGCAGCUAUGGCACCACAGCUACUAAUCACAAAUUAACUCCUGGUUUUUCAGGGUCUUGAAAGUAGCCAAUGCAAGGCAAUUCUACGAAUUAAUAAUUGAAAUGUAUCAUCAUUUGGUCUCAACAGACCUUGACUGGCUGCUGCCCUGUACCACGAGGUCCUCAUAAUUAUGGUCGUGAUGUUUAACGUAGUUGCAAGUGUGCUAAUUUGGUUUUCUCAGUACAUUUGCUUUUUUAUCCUUUA